AAAUGGUAAUCUUAUUUAUCGAGCGUUGAAUAACUUGGAACGCUGACGCGGUUAGUAUCUAGUCUUAAAACUUCCUCUAGUUUGUGUAAUUAAGACUCCGCUUUGUGGGAAGAUCUGCAACAGUGCUGGGCAUCCGCAAAUCUUGCUUAAGUAUCCAACAUGUUGCGCUUAAAUUUUCGUUCUGUUUUGGUAAGCGUUGUUUGGGUUUACUUUAUUACGCGGGCGCAAUGCUUCGCUAAUUUUCACAAGGAAGAAUCGAACCGAGGCUUGAACGAUUGUGAACGAAGAUGUCAGGAUUCAGUUUCCACGGAACCUUCCUCAGUGAAUGAACACGACUCAAGGUUAUCAUCAUGUUUGGAAAAGUGCCUAUCUUUGAAUGAAGCGACCGAGUCGGAGAACGAUGGAGCCACAACCUCUACUCCCGGCACACGCUCGACUUCUGAACUCUUGAACUCUGCAGAUCCGUCAACAACAACAAGUUCCUCUGAAAACGUCUGUCCGUACGGAGAUAAGUAUGCUCCCAAUUCAGAUGAAAUCGAACCAGGGAAUGUAAAGGAGGUGGAAGUAGACUUCGUAAAGAUAGAGGAAGGAGACAGCCAGGAAUGGGUGGCGAGAGUGAAUUGGACACGACCAAAAGACGUGAAUAUUACCUCUAACUGGCUUGGUUACAUCGUGAUAUGGUACACAGAAGGCCCAGACAACUCGGACGAAAUUUUUGGGAAUACAAGUUGCAAACUGGUGCCCAAGACUAGACCACACCUUGACAUCAGCGAAACGGAUGGAUGGAAAUACCCCAACACUCUUUACCUUACUGUUGUUGCUUUGCCCACCAAUAAACUUGAAUUCCCAUUGGAAGACUAUACACCACUCAGAACAGGUUGGAGGAAUGUGAAAGUAUACAGUCCAGCUAAUUACUCCGAAGGUAAUAAAAUUUUCGAAGAGAAAUCCUUUCUGAUGAUUCUUGCUGGAGUUUUGACGGGCUUUUCCUUGAUUCUGAUUGUGUACAUCUGCGUUACCAGGCGAAAGGCCUGCACCAGGGGCAAACUGGUCUUAACAACCGAGAAAAAAGCACGAGAGAAAGAAGACGAGCUAAAGAGUGAUCUGUUUGUGAUUCAAAACCCUUGUUCUGAUGUUAAGCAGUUCGUGUAGUUUUAUGGCUUUCACUGCGUUUAACGUGUAUAUUUUAUGGUAAAUUUUUAUACUGUUAAUAUAAUACGUGUUUUUCAUAAGUUUCUCUAAGCCGCAAGGCGGUUUGAUUUCCUUUUUCAUCAACUUUUAUGAAAAGAGGUAAACAGGAAUAUAUUAAAAACUGAAAAUAACAUGAAGUUUUUGGCGUACUUAAAGAUCUCUCUCAUCAUCUUAAAUGCAUUUGAAUCUUUGUAUUGUUCUAGUUAAGCUAUACAAAGAGAAACGAAGAGUUUCUUCUUUCUUCUCAUUGCUCGGGGCUUGAAGAAAUCGCGAAGAAAGUAACUGGCUUAGUUGGUCUGAAAGAUAGGGGUAGUUUUUAUGUUUGAAAUGGUCUCGGAGUUUUCUUAUACU